UCAAUGCCCUCCUUGCAACAGGAAAAUAUAGAAUCCGUGCUAUUACACGUAACCCUCAAUCUGAUAAAGCAAAAGCUCUUGUUGCAAAGGGUGCCGAAGUUUUCAAAGCUGACCUUUCCAAUAGAGAAGAUGUUAAAAAUGCGCUUAAUGGCGCUGAUAUCGCAUUUAUUGUCACCAAUUUCUGGGAUCCGAUUGCUGACGUUGGAACCGACACCGGCGUAAGUGAUCAUUUUACCAUUUACAUUAAUACGCUUUACAGAAACAUUAAUUUAUAUAAAUGUUCUCAGCCCAUUAUAGCCAAAGUUAUUGAAGAAGGGCCAGAAAAGUGGAAUGGAAAGAAAGUUCCUAUUGCUUCGGAACGCAUUUCUUUUGGAAAAGUUGUCGAAAUAUUGACUAAAGUUACUGGAAGACAAUUUAAACUUCGCAGUACCAAUCGCGAAGAAACAGAAAAAGAAUUCCCCAUGUUGGCUGGUGAAGAAAUGUUAGAUAUGUCUCGUUGGUAUAAUAAAUACGGAGUUUUUGGCAAUGAACUUAGUGACAUUUCGAUCGCUAAAGAGUUACAUCCAAACAUUACUACUUUUGAACAAUAUGCUUACAAAAAUUGGAACGAUCAAAAGAAAAUUGUCUUUGAUCUCUUGAAAGGAUUCGCAUAUGCCACUAGAGAUUACCUUCGAGAGAAAUAUUGUGACGCAGAUCCAAAAACUUAUACGAACUAUUUAGAUGUAGAGAGAAUACUUGAAAGAACACCAUUAGCAAAAAAUGAUAAUAAGGAGAAUAAAUUCCUAAAUUUUAGUGUGAAAAAACGAAAGGCAUUAAAGGGAAGAAAUUUAAUCACACCCGAUCAGAUAAUCCAAUAUAAUUUGCCACUUGAUAUUGCCUUGUACUUGAAUUACUACAUCAGUAAAAUGUUUGAAGAAUUUAAAGAUGCUACGUCGACCACUCAAAUGUACAAUAAUGUAAACACUCUCAUAGAAUGCUUAACAAACCUAGAGAGAGUUCUUAGAUCUCCAAUUCCUUAUGCCUAUGCCAUUCAUCUUAUUCAUACCACUUGGAUAUUUUGUUUGUCACUUCCAUUCCAAUUAGUUAAUGACCUUGAUUGGGUCACGGUGCCUAUAGUAUUUUUGGCUUCACUCAUCUUACUAGGAGUCGAAGAGAUCGCUGAUGAGAUCGAAAAUCCAUUUGGUAAAGAUCCGAAUGAUCUACCAAUUGAUAGUUUCUGCAAGCUUAUUGAAAUGGAACUAGAUUUUAUUUUGAAACAUGGACUGGUACAUGAAGAUGCGAAGGACCGUGGAUAUGAAGUGAGUGAACAUGGAGAUCAAGGAACGAAUAAAGUGAAAGAAGGGAUCAUGGAAUAUUGGUGGACUGAUGCAAUAGAAAAAACAAAAGGUACUGAAAUUUCAGAAAAAGAUCAAGCAAAAAUAGGUGAACCAAAACAAGAGCGUGAUGAAAUAAAAUCAAAUCAUGAAAAAGAGGUUAAUCAAUACGGCGGCGAUUCCAAUGUGUGA